AUGAAACAAAAAACGGAAAGUAUGUUUGACCUAUCUGUUAUCUGCUAUGCUAUCUCCACUGUUGGAGGUGGAGAGAAAGUGGAUAGGGCGGAGAUGAGGUUUCCAACGAGUAGGUCGGCAACCACCGUCGUAUCCCGACUAGAGAAGGUGGGUAGGACAAGCAAUUUAAGGGAAUUUAACCUCUCCUAUUCCAGAGGAAGCUCCCGCAAUGACCACAACCUUUCCAAUCAAAUUCUCUGCAAAAAAAGAGUGCCAAAUGUAGAGGACACACUUGAAACAAAGAUAGCCUGGAAUGAAAAAGAGCAGCAGACCCAAGCUCAAAAUGGGCACCGAAAUGUUGAGAAAUUGGAUAAUUAG